AUGUCAUUUGAAGAAACAGGUGCUACCGUCCAGACGUCUUCUGUUUCUGACAUCCCAACCAAUGGCAAGGUAGAGCAGGUGACUCCCUCCGCACCACAGGACCCGGUGGCGUCGGUGGCGUCGACAGAGCCCCAGGUUCCCGGCAAACAUGCUUUGGAGCAAGAGACUUUAGAUAGUCCCGAUGCCAAGAAGCCCAAGUUGGACGAGCCCCAAUCUACGGAACCCGCACAGCCAUCGACUGUUGUGCAGGCCACUCCAGAAACUGGUGCUCCGGCUAUGGUGCCUGCCACGAUGGAGCCAGCCCCAAAACCUCCAGCAGAACCAGACAUGAAUAAUCUGCCUGAGCAUCCUCUACCUGCCCAUCAAAAGAAACAUGCCAUUACAUCUGUCAAGGCCGUGAGACGCUUAAAAGAUGCGUCUCCGUUCCUCAAUCCUGUUGAUAUUGUCAAGCUUAAUAUCCCAUUCUACUACAACUUCAUCAAAAGACCUAUGGAUCUUUCCACCAUAGAAAAGAAGUUGAAUGCGGAUGCUUACGAAACCCCAGAACAGGUCACUGAAGAUUUCAACCUGAUGGUGAAUAACUGUUUCACUUUCAACGGAAAGGAAUCUGCUAUUUCCCAGAUGGCUAGAAACAUACAGGCCAGUUUUGAAAAACAUAUGUUAAACAUGCCUCCUAAAGAGCUGCCUCCGGGAACUCAACCUUCUGCCACAAAAGGAACCAGAAGAAAGGCAACCGCUGGUCUCGAGGUCCCACAACUUAGACGAGACAGUGCUGUUGACAACGGCAGACCAAAAAGAGAGAUCCAUCCUCCAAAGCCUAAAGACAUGCCAUACGACAUCAGACCAAGAAAGAAGAAGUUCCAGGCCGAGUUGCGUUUCUGUCAGCAGGUAAUCAAGGAACUCUUCUCCAAGAAAUACGACUCCAUCUCGUACCCAUUUUUGGUUCCUGUUGAUCCAGUUGCUCUUGACUGUCCGACCUAUUUUGACGUUGUUAAAGAGCCGAUGGAUCUCGGAACGGUUCAAAGCAAGUUGCAAAACGGAGAGUAUGAAAACGCGGACGCAUUCGAGAGAGAUGUGAGACUUGUGUUCCAAAACUGUUACGCUUUUAAUCCAGAAGGAACAGCUGUUAAUAUUAUGGGACAUCGUUUGGAGAGUGUUUUCAACGAAAAAUGGACAAACCGUCCAUCCACACCUGUUUCACCACCCAAUCUUUCUGACUUUGAUUCCGAUUUCGAGGACGAUGACGAUUUCAAUGUUGAUGUCGACUCGAUUACCGACCCAACCAUUGAUUUCUUGGUGGCCAACAUUGAGCGUAUGACUCAAGAUCUCAAAAAGAUGAGACAAGAGAAGUACGAGCAAAUGAAAAAAGAAUGGCUCAAAAAGCGGAAGACAAAGAAGGGAGGAAAGAAAGGAGGAAAGAAGCGGAAAGAAUCUAUAUCACAGCCUAACGGUAUCUAUCCUACGCACGUCACUUAUGAGAUGAAGAAGGAGAUCAGCGAGGCCAUGGCUUCUAUCAACGAAAAGAUGCUGAAGAAUGUGAUUGCUAUUAUUAAGGAAGGAAUUCCUGACCUCGCAGAUGACGAAGAGAUUGAGUUGGACAUGGACCAGCUUAACAACGAGACUCUUCUGAAACUAUAUAACUACAUUGUGAGGGGAAAGAGCUCCAAGUCUCAGCGCAAGAAGAAGAAGGCCAAUAGUGAAGAGAAAAAGAUUGAGAGCUUGAAGAAGAAGUUGCAACAAUUCGAGGACGCUGAGGUCGACGAGAGUUCUGAGGAUGACGACGAUGAUGACGAGGACGAGAGCUCUGAGGAAGAGUGA